AUGGAUUUCCUCAAGCAGGCUGUCAACUCCGCUCAGGGGGCUGGUGGUAACAGCAACAACAACAACAACAACAAUGACCAGCAGCAGCAGCAGCAGGGUGGUGACAACCAGCAGAACCAGGGUGGUAACAACAACAACCAGAAUCAGCAGGGUGGUGACCAGCAGGACUAUGGUGACAAGGCUUUCGAUUUCGUCGCCAAGAAGGCCGGUCUGAACCUCAGCCGCGAGCAGGAGGAGAAGAUUACCGACGGUGCCCGCCAAGCCUACGAGAAGUACUCUGGUGUCACCGUGUACAGCAAGAGUGUCGACCCCAAGUACUCCAACUAA